GCGGCCAUGGGCGCGCAGUGACCGGCGGCGGCGGCGCGGAGCUCCCUGGCUGGCGGUGCGUCUCGUCGGUCACCAUGAAAGACGACUUCGCAGAGGAGGAGGAGGUGCAGUCCUUCGGUUACAAGAGGUUUGGCAUUCAGGAAGGAACACAAUGUACCAAGUGUAAAAACAACUGGGCACUGAAGUUUUCUAUCGUCUUAUUAUACGUUUUGUGUGCCUUGCUAACCAUCACAGUAGCCAUCUUGGGAUAUAAAGUUGUAGAGAAAAUGGACAAUGUCACAGGUGGCAUGGAGACAUCUCGCCAAACCUAUGAUGACAAGCUCACAGCAGUGGAAAGUGACCUGAAAAAAUUAGGGGACCAAACCGGGAAGAAAGCUCUAAGCACCAACUCAGAACUCUCCACCUUCAGGUCCGACAUUCUGGAUCUCCGGCAACAGCUCCAGGAGAUCACCGAGAAAACGGGCAAGAACAGAGACACGCUGGAGAAGCUGCAGGCGAGCGGGGAUGCCCUGGUGGACCGGCAGAGCCAACUGAAGGAGACGCUGGAGAACAAUUCGUUCCUCAUCACCGCCGUCAACAAAACCCUCCAGGCCUAUAACGGCUACGUCACCAACCUGCAGCAAGACACCAGCGUGCUCCAGGGCAACCUGCAAAACCAGAUGUAUUCACACAACGUGGUCCUCAUGAACCUCAACAACCUGAACCUGACCCAGGCGCAGCAGAGGAACCUCAUCGCCGGUCUGCAGCGGUCGGUGGACGACACGAGCCAGGCCAUCCAGCGCAUCAAAAGCGACUUCCAAAGCCUCCAGCAGGCUUUCCUGCAGGCCAAGAAGGAUACGGACUGGGUGAAGGAGAAGGUGCAGAGCCUGCAGACGCUGGCUGCCAACAACUCCGCCCUGGCCAAAGCCAACAACGACACUCUGGAGGACAUGAACAGCCAGCUGAGCUCGUUCACCGGGCAGAUGGACAACAUCACCGCCAUCUCCCAGGCCAACGAGCAGAGCCUGAAGGACCUGCAUGACUCGCACAAGGAGGCCGAGAACAGGACGGCGGGCAAGUUCAGCCGGCUCGAGGAGCGCUUCCAGCUCUUCGAGACCGACAUCGUGAGCAUCAUCGGCAACAUCAGCCACACCGCCCACCACCUGCGGACGCUGACCAGCAACCUGAACGAGGUCAGGACCACCUGCACGGAUACCCUCACCAGACACACGGACGACCUGACCUCCUUGAACAACUCGCUGGCCAAUCUGCGCUUGGAUUCCGUGUCUCUCAGGAUGCAGCAGGAUACGAUGAGGUCAAGGUUGGACACGGAGGUGGCCAACUUGUCGGUGAUCAUGGAGGAAAUGAAGCUGGUGGACUCCAAGCAUGGGCAGCUGAUCAAGAACUUUACAAUUCUACAAGGUCCUCCUGGCCCCAGGGGUCCAAAAGGUGACAGAGGUUCUCAGGGGCCUCCUGGCCCAACUGGCAACAAGGGACAGAAAGGAGAGAAAGGAGAGCCUGGUCCCCCCGGCCCAGCGGGUGAGAGAGGCCCCAUUGGACCAGCUGGCCCGCCCGGAGAACGUGGGAGCAAAGGAUCCAAAGGCUCCCAGGGCCUCAAAGGCUCCCGUGGGUCCCCUGGGAAGCCUGGCCCCCAGGGCCCCAGCGGAGACCCAGGCCCACCAGGUCCUCCAGGCAAGGAUGGACUCCCUGGCCCCCAAGGCCCUCCUGGCUUCCAAGGACUGCAAGGCACUGUGGGUGAGCCUGGGGUGCCUGGACCACGGGGACUACCGGGCUUGCCCGGGGUGCCGGGCAUGCCUGGACCCAAAGGCCCUCCGGGCCCUCCAGGCCCAUCAGGAGCGGCGGAGCCCAUGGCUCUGCAGAAGGAGCCCACGCCAGGACCCGUGGCUAAUGGCUGUCCACCUCACUGGAAGAACUUCACAGACAAAUGCUACUAUUUCUCGGUGGAGAAAGAAAUUUUUGAAGAUGCCAAGCUUUUCUGUGAAGAGAAGUCUUCACAUCUUGUUUUUAUAAACACGAGAGAGGAGCAGCAAUGGAUUAAAAAGCAGAUCGUAGGGAGAGAUAGCCACUGGAUUGGCCUCACAGACUCAGAACAAGAAAAUGAGUGGAAGUGGCUGGACGGAACACCCGUAGACUACAAAAACUGGAAAGCCGGACAGCCAGAUAACUGGGGUCAAGGCCAUGGGCCAGGAGAAGACUGUGCGGGGCUGAUUUAUGCCGGACAGUGGAACGACUUCCAGUGUGAAGAUAUCAAUAAUUUCAUUUGUGAGAAAGACAGGGAGACAGAACCAACAACCACAUUGUAACAGAUUGUGCUGUGAUAACAUGAGCGUGUUUUCAGACGACUCUCAGAAGCAAAGGACACGCCUUAUGAUUUCAUCGUUUUCUCGCCAGAUUGGAUGGGGAAAAACUGCACUGAAAAACAGUUAUUGAAGAAAAAAAAAUGGACAAGUAGUAUAAACCAUUACCCAAGGACUUGGGAACUAAAAUGUUCUCCCAUUUGAUAUGCUGGUUUUCAGUGUGCAGAUGGACUGAAUCACGUAGAUUUUUUCUCAGCCAAUAACCAUACAAUUAUGCAACUUAUCUCUUCCAGCGUAUGGAAUGCUCCAGUCACAAAAAAAAGACUAUCCUUGGCUGUUGAGCUUAUAGGAAGAACUUAAAUAUAUACUGUGUAAACAGUGCAUUUCUAAAAUCCCAAAUGUAGGAAGAAUAUGCAGACAUACAGAUAUAUAGGCCAACUCUUAGGAAUUAUAUGAAAUAUACUUAAAGAGCUUUUAAAACAUUGUAUUUUUGUACAAAAAUUUUGCCUUUUACAAUUACUGUCUUUUUUGUCAUUUUACCAAUUAUAAUACAUGAAGCCAAAGAAAAUAAUAAUGGUACUAAUAAAAUUUCAUGGGGUUUCUUGGUAGAUUUAAUCUA